AGAAAGUUUUGUUUAUUUUUUGUGGCCCCCCAUUUCUCCUGCAGGAACAAUGCUUAAUGCCAAGAUCGGCAAGGUCGGCAAAGUGCUGGUGUGCGGCAUGAAGGGCGUGGGCAAGACGGCGCUGAUUGAGCAGCUGGUCUACGGCCACGUCAAUCCGGAAACGGAACUGCAUCCCACCAUCGAGGACAUCUACGUGGCCAGUGUGGACACAAGCAGGGGAGGAGCCCGCGAGACCCUGCGCAUCUACGACACCGCUGGUCUGCAGGGCGAGCAGCAGCAGCUGCCGCGACACUACCUCCAGUUUCCGGACGCCUUUGUCCUGGUCUACGAUCCCAUGGAUCCGCGCAGCCUGGACAUGCUGGCCGACAUCAAGACGGACAUCGAGAAGCACAAGGAGAAGAAGGAGAUCCCUGUCAUCGUGCUGGCCAAUGUGCGUGCCAGGGCAGCUCCCAAUCCCGUGGAGAAGGUGAUGGACCGGGCCAACAUCUGGUGCCAGCGGGAGCGCAUCAAGCACUACACGGUGAACGCCAUGGAGCGGCCCUCCCUCUACGAGCCCUUCACCUCGCUGUGCGCCCGCCUGCAUCCGGCGCAGACGAAGAGCACGUUCCCCCAGCUGCGGCAGGUCAUGCAGAACCGGCAGAAGAGCGAGGCAUAGAUGAUCAGGGAGGGGUUUCUAUAUCAUUUAAGUUU